AUGGCGGCGCUGGGCUCCCCGGCGCGCACGUUUCGAGGGCUCCUGCGGGAGCUGCGCCACCUGAGCGCCGCCACGGGCCGACCGUACCGCGACACCCCGGCUUAUCGGUACCUGGUGAAGGCUUUCCGUGCACACCGGGUCACCGGGGAGAAGCUGUGCAGGGCCCAGCAGGAACUUCAUUUCCAGGCUGCCACCUACCUCUGCCUGCUUCGCAGCGUCCGGGAGCACAUGCCCUUAGUGCACCUGAUGCCGCGUCCAGCUGAAGCAGCAGGACGAGGUGGAGGCGGCUCUGGGCCCUGGUCAAGGGCAGCCCGGGGCCUGGGUGGGGCCGGGAGGGGCCGCAGGCGGCGAGUGGCGGUGCCAAGCCCCGGCGGCGACAACCAGGGGAGGCAGUGA